GAGAGAGAGCAAGCGCUGUGAGUGAGUGGAGGUGUACUGCAUGCUGCUUUGUGAGAAAGGGAGCUGUCCACAACCAGGAGUGCUGAAAAUCAAAUACAAGACGGACUUUACUAUCCUGUACAACCCAGGCAAGAAGAGGGAGAGGAGCAAAAACCUGGCAAGACUUUACUGACGUGUACAGCCCAGGCAAGUCGAGGGAGAGGAGCAGAAACCUGGCAAGACUUUACUGACCUGUACAACCCAGGCAAGGAGAGGGAGAGGAGCAGAAACCUGGCAAGACUUUACUGACCUGUACAACCCAGGCAAGGAGAGGGAGAGGAGCAGAAACCUGGCAAGACUUUACUGACCUGUACAGCCCAGGCAAGGAGAGGGAGAGGAGCAGAAACCUGGCAAGACUUUGAAAAGAGCAGAUCAAUUACACUUUAUCAACUGCAGCAACGCUCUCAGAAAAAAAGAACGGUCCACAGCUUUUUUCCUUGAAUGGAUUUGGGAACUGUCUGUAGUUCAGCUGUGGAGGGAGAGUUCUGAUCAAAGCAAGUGUCCUGAGUGGGGCAGGUAAAGGACUGACUUGUUUAAACUGGGCAGGCACUUGAAAUACAGGCGGAUAUACUCUCCACUCUCGGGUUUUUCUGGUCUGCAGGAUGAGUGGCUGUGCCAAGCGCUGUAAACUGGGGCUGGUGAAGUUUGCCCGGUCUAUCCACAGAUUCCUCACUGGGACACUCAACAAAGACAAGGUGGAAGAUGACCUAGAGAUGACGAUGGUGUGUCACCGGCCUGAAGGGCUGGAGCAGAUGGAGGCACAGACCAACUUCACCAAGAGAGAGCUGCAAGUGCUCUAUCGCGGCUUCAAAAACGAAUGCCCGAGUGGUGUGGUCAAUGAAGAUACCUUUAAGCAGAUCUAUGCACAGUUCUUCCCACAGGGAGAUGCCAGCAUGUACGCACACUAUCUCUUUAAUGCCUUCGACUCUGCUCACAAUGGAUCCGUCAAAUUUGAGGAUUUUGUGAUGGCGCUCUCAAUCCUGCUGAGAGGGUCAGUGAGGGAGAAGCUGAGUUGGACCUUCAACCUGUAUGACAUCAACAAUGAUGGCUACAUUAACAAGGAGGAGAUGACUGACAUCGUGAGAGCCAUUUACGACAUGAUGGGCAAGUACACAUACCCAGUGCUGAGAAGAGACGCGCCACGGCAACAUGUCGACACCUUUUUCCAGAAAAUGGAUAAAAACAAAGAUGGAGUUGUAACAUUGGACGAGUUCAUCAUGUCUUGUCAAGAAGAUGAAAACAUCAUGCGAUCCCUGCAGCUCUUUGAGAGUGUGAUGUAAGAGGGAGGACGGGCGGUUCAAAGACCAUGAACUCUGUGUUUGAUCCUGAGUCCGGGGCUGAGGCAGGAGUGAACUGGGACCCCCUUCCACCCUGGUGGAGAGCCCAGGACACCUCUGUUUAUUCAGGGGGGAGGGGGCUCCCCUGGGCAGACCCUGGAGACUCAGGGGUGGCAUGGGGUUGGGGGUUCAGAGCUAGGGGUCUGAGGACUGGAGUCUCCUGCCCCACUUUUUUCUAACGCAUGUUGUUGUUUUCUCAGUUUGUCAGGAGGGCAGGCAUCAUGGGUGAGUGGGUGGGCGGUACUUUCAGUUUUCUUUUUCAACUUUUUGUUGCCUAUAGCAAAUGAAGAAAUAAAAAAAAAAUUGCAAGCAAAAAUCUAGCUAGCAAUCUUGAUCAUGGGCUGCACUGUAAUAAACAAUAAACAAUCCUACACGGAUUCUUUAAAAUAUACAGGUCCUGAAAUACUAUUUUACAUUUUUAAAGUGGGCAUUACAAAAUGUUUUUCAAACUUUGUGAAGCAGACAUUGGACCUUAGUAAAUCCUGGCCUUAUUAUGAAGUUCUAUGCUUUAUUUGAUGCCUUAUUAAUGUUAAUUAAUACUGUGCAUUGAGUUGUCCUCAGUAGUAAAUAAAAGCAUGAAAAAAAUUAGGGAGAGUAAAAUAAAAGUAUGAAUGUAGUUUUAUUUUCUGCUGCUGCUAUUUAGGCGUAGGAUUAUUUUUAAGAAAGAACCUGCAUUUUAUUUGGAUAAUGACAUGGCUGUCGAUAGCAAGUCCUUGUGAUUGCAUCUUCAAACAUUCAAUUAUAAGUUAGAGGGUAGUACGGAUACAGUGUGUAUGUUAUGUGGGUGUGUAUGUAUGCUUGCAGGCACAUCUCACUCCACUUAAGACUUACACCAGACAAAGGACUGACACCACAGUGAUUCAACUUCAGAAUCACAAGUUACAAUUUAAAGUCGGAUGGAGAAAAAAUGUCUGUUACAGAGGAUUUUGAUGGGAGAGGGCAGUUAUUACUCCUUAGUGGCAUCUAGCUGAUGUGAGCCACAUCUUUACCACAUCAGGAAAUAUGCUCUAUCUGCAGUUGACAGACCUCCUACUGGCAAGAACACAGCCAUGAAGCUUUCUGAACUGACCAAGUAUGAAUUCUGCAUUGCAACCGCGUAAUUCUAUAGUGAAAAGUGCUAUUUUAUUACAUUUAAUUGUUUAUUCCAUUACAAAAUCUAUAUGUUUGCAUGUGAUUAAUGGCUUUUUGAUAAUGAAUUCUACUUUAUUUAUGCUUAUUUUAUUUGUUUCCUAUACAUACACCUAUUUGUAACAGACCACCUCAGUCUUGCUGGUCUGUUUUAGCACCAAUAGGUUUUAAAACAAAAUGUUCUGCCACUGAUUUUUUCCAUUAAUAUGAAAUAAAAUAAAGCAUUGUCUAAAGAUGUGCCUGUGGGCAUGUAUCGACAGUAUGCAUAAAUGCAUGGAUGAGCGGGAGUGUUUGCCUGUGUUUUUACACGUUAAUAAUUAAGUUGCAGCUGAAAGAAGCCAAGCUCUGUUCGUAUUCGUUUGAUGUUCAUGUUUAAAUUCAAAUCCCCUCCCCCCCCCCCCCGCCCAAAACCAUUCCCCCAGAAGCCCCAGCCUGACCGACUGAGCAAACCGUUUUCAGUGUUUCUGAGUAUGUUUCUGUAACUUCCUGUGGGUUUCGUGUGUUCCUGUCUUUUGUUCCAACAAGAUGUUAUUGUUUGUAUUGACACUGGUUAAAAAAAAAAAAAAAAAAAUUCCACCAACCCACCAAAACCUGGAGAGACUGGAAAUCAUAUUAACGUUGACUACUAGAGUUCUGUUAGGGAAAAUGCACCAUUCUUAACAUUUUGAUUAGAUCAUUCAAAUCGGCCUCUUUGGGUACCAGGUUCAUGCAAUUUAAACAUCUAUCAGUGCACAGGUGUCUCUAAAGUGUAUUUCUAUCAGUAAUGUAAUGCUGUUUACAACAGCUGAAUAGUUGCCAACUGUAUGUCCCAUUGUGCUCAAAAUGGGAUAAAAGGAGGAGUGUGUACAAACAGUUUAAGGUUGCCUGCAGUACUAAACACAACCGAUUUUUUUUUUUUUUUACAAUUGGCACCCUACAUUGUAAGAGACUGUUGGCUAUGCUAUUGAGAGUGGGUUGGGUCUUGCCUCUUUGUUCUAGUAUCUGUAGUCCCUGUCUGUGUCUAUGUGGUAGUCAGUUUGUGUUCUGUCCUGGAGGUGACCAUCUGGUUUCUCUGAACAACGAUAUUAUUAUUGAACACUGUGAGCCUCUCAGACAAAAAAAGAAAGAAAGAAAGAAAGAAAAGAAAACCUGUCCAUGAGAGUUUAGGAGUCCAAGCCAUGGCAACACGUUGAGAAAUACUCUUUCAGGGGUUGUGAACCCACCAGUGCCAUCCAAUCAGCUUCAUCCACUCAUCAAUGCUUUUGGUUAAUUCACUGAAUGAGUCUAAAGAAAAAAAAAUGUAUUUUUUUUUCCUGCUGAGAUGUUGUAUAAAGAAUAUUUAACAAUAAACUUUUGAGAGAACUUUUCA